CAAAAUUAAAAUAUUUUUAAACCCUUUCCUCUUAAAUAAUAAUAAUAAAAGUUACAUACUUUAGAUAUACCUGUCGAAGAUAUAAACACAUACAUAAUCUAUACACAAUUAUAUAAUAGAAUAUUAAUUAUCAAUGAACGAUUUUAGCAGUGAACCUAACGAAGGAGCUACUUUUAGCUUAUUAGCUCAAAAAACUCAUUUAGAAAGACGUUUUCAACAAUUGUUAGAUCAAGUUACACCUUAUGUUCCUUAUCGUUGGGCAGCAACUAUUGUACUUUUAGUAUUGUUCAUGUUUCGCGUUAUUUAUGCUGAAGGAUGGUACAUCAUUGCUUAUGCUUUAGGCAUUUACAUGUUGAAUUUAUUCUUGGCCUUUUUGACACCGAAGUUUGAUCCUUCAAUUGACUUGGAUACUCAAGCUAGUGAAAUGGAAGAGGGACCUUCUCUUCCUUUGAAAAAUGAUGAAGAGUUUAAGCCUUUUAUUCGUCGUCUUCCUGAAUUCAAGUUCUGGUAUUCUGUCACCAAAGCAACUAUCAUCUCUAUUAUUUGCUCUUUGAUCCCCUUUUUUGAUAUUCCUGUUUACUGGCCUAUUUUAUUGAUGUAUUUUAUUAUCUUAUUUGGUUUAACUAUGCGUAGACAAAUCAGCCAUAUGAUAAAGUAUAGAUAUAUUCCAUUUGAUUUGGGAAAGAAAAACUAUAAUAACAGAAGAAGAGUUUAAAAAUGCAGAAUAUAUCUUCUUUAUAUUGUAAAAGCAUAUAAAUAUAUAAAUAUACACAUAAUAAAUAAGUACAUAAUACUAUUUUACAGCUAAUUUCUAUUUAUUGGUCUUCCUCUGAUACAAUCUGAAGAAUUAGUUUGUAUUCAGGAAUUUCAUCUAAUUGUGCUUUAGUUAAUUUGCUUCCAUUUGUAAUAGCGUCCAUUGCAAGCUGUACAGCUUCUUUUUCAUCACUCUG